ACAAGCUCCGACCUGGGACCACAGAAUACGUACUCUAAAGUCACGCCGCGCCUCGAUUUUAUCGAUUCUGUACGCCAAGCAUCACUGCUCUGCGAGCCCGCCGCUUCUUGUGACAGCUUACCACCCACAACACACGACGCUCUCCUAAGCGCAGACUGGCAUUUAAUCAGCGCCUCACGCCAUCAGCGCGACGUCACACCACCAAACCUCACGCCAUCAGCGCGACGUCACAACAAACCAUGGCCAGCGCCAUCUCCGACCUCCGCCUCGCCCAGGCCUGCGUCGCCGCCGCCGGCCGGCUCCGAGGCGUGGCUGCCGAGCGGCUCGAGCCGAAGGCGCUGGUCGAAGCGCUCGUUUCCGAGCGACCGCUCGUCGGGUUGGAGGCGCUGCCGAAGGGAGCAGCGCUAGGGGCCGUCCGCGACCCGGCCGUCGUCGCGCUGGCGGCGCCGCCCGACGUCUCGGUCAGGCAGGCCGCGGUCGACGACUGGCCGAAACUCACGAAAAAGCAGUCGUCCUGGGCCGAUUACGUAUAUGGCAAGCAGCCCCUCUUCGCGAAGCGGCCCGUGGUCUUCGCGGCGGCGGCCGGCGACGCGACGGCUUCAUAUUUGGACCACGCCGCGUCGAUCGCCGGCGCGCCCUUCUGCUGCCUGCGCGACGCGGACACGAUGAAAGCUUUCGCGGCGGCCGCGGGCUGCGCCGAGGUUAUUGAGGACGCGCCCUCUCCAGAAAGCGCCGCGGCGGCCAUGGGCACUUCAUGCCACGCGCUCAACGUCCACGCGACCUUCGCGCAGCUCUACGCGCCGGACCUUCCAGUGAGACGCGUGCUGGCCGUGGCGGCCGGCCCGGGCACGCCCGAGCUGCUCAGAGAACUGGAGGACCUCGCGGCGGCGCUGCGGCCGGCGGACGACGCGGACGUGGACGUCGACGCGGCGCUCGACGCGCACAAGGCGCUCCUCGGCGCGUGCGCGGUCUUCGCGUGCGACCUGGAGGGCGACGUCUUCGAGCUCGCGCCGCGGGGGACGACGCUUGGCGGUGGUGGUGCUAGUGAAUAAUAGUAUGUGAACUUAUGAUAAGGGGUAAAAGGAACAGGC